GGGAGCUGUCAUCGUCGGGCCAACAUCAUGGGUGGCGUGUUGAAUUAGAAUGCCUUCCCACACCCCACACAGGGCCAAACCCCACCGCAAUUCUCCCACCAUAAUCCUCCGGCUGGGAAUGGUGGGGGAGGACGAGAGAGGACAGGUUACAGGAGGCUAGGCUGAGCGAGAAGGAGGGGAAGAGAACGGAUCUCGUCGGCAGACGGCGCUGUCGUCGCAUUCCACUCGGUGCACCGUACAGCUCGGUCGAGAGCUGCUACUAUUUUCCUGGAUUCCGUUCGGUGUGCAUCGUUUCCGUUUCGUGUACCGUAUAUUUCGUACCACGGAGAAGGAUCGAUCGGCCAAAACGCGUAUAUAUACGCGAAACCGUGCCCCGGAACGCGCCGAAUAUAUCGCUUUCUUUCCCGUUUCUCCCGUCUCUGUGUCUCGUUCAAUCGUAGUUUCGUGCAGUGAUUGGCUUAACAAGUGCAAAACCAAAUGGUUGUUCUCGAGGAAGGCGGUAUGCUGACCACUGGACAUAAUCAAUAUUUACAACCGGAUUAUCUUUCUCCGCUUCCAACCACGUUGGAUGCGAAGAAGAGUCCUUUAGCUUUAUUGGCUCAAACAUGCAGUCAAAUAGGUGCCGAUUCUCCGACAAAGCCUUUGAUUUCCCCGCUGGAUAAAACGUCCAAAGGCAUGAAUACCGGUACAAAUGCGAAAUCUCCACCAGCCGCCAAGUUGGAACGGAGUACACGCAGCAGCCCGUCGGACGGGAAGUCGUUGGCGUUUAAACCUUACGAGACUAACGUCGUCUCGAAGAAGUCGUCCUCCGACGAGAGUAGACCUGCUUCCAAAGCGAGUGUUCACAGUGUCAGUGGUCAAGAGAGUUGUGGUGUGAGUGCGAGUGAUAGCGGAAAUCACGCGGCGGAGAAAAAGUCAUCGGGAAAUCGUACGCCCGUCGGUCGGAAGUCGGCCUCGCCCGCGAGUCAAGCGACGGCCACGGCGAGCACCACGCCGUCCAUCACCGAUCGCAAGACACCGGCGGAUCGUGAGAAAACCGACGGAUCGCCCCGUAGUAACAACAACAACAACAACAACAACAACAACAAUAGUAACAACAACAACAACAACAACAACAAUGGAACGAGCCCGAUCAUUAGAUCCGGUAUGGAGAUUCUGUCCGGUGGCCACGCCAAGGAUACCAAUCUGGCCGCUUACAAGCCCGGCACUCUCGCAGGAUUCUCGGGAAAUCCGUUGUGCUGUCCACCCGGAUUGGCGGAAAAUCCGGCGUUCAGACCUCCGUUCGCCGGCGCGUCGCCGUUCUCCCAUCAUCACGCCGCCGCAGCGGCCCUCCUCGGUUAUCCAUCGAGCACCCCCACGGGUGGAAACCCGUAUCUGAGCUACGCUCGCGUGAAGACGCCCGCCGGCGGCGAGGCGCUGGUCCCGGUCUGCAAGGAUCCUUACUGCACCGGUUGUCAAUACAGUAUGCACAGCGCGCAAUUGAUGAUGGGGACGGGAAGCUGCCCGAGCGGGUGCACGCAGUGCGACCAUCAGAAGUACGGUCUUGCGAUGGCGUUGUCGUCGUUCGGCCCCAUGGCACCCCCGUCGCUCUCCUACCCGUCCACGUUGACCGGCGGCAGGCCGUACGUUUGCAAUUGGAUCGCCGGCGACUCUUACUGCGGGAAACGUUUCACCACCUCGGAGGAACUUCUCCAACAUCUUCGCAGCCACACCAGUUUGACCGGUGGCGAUCACGCGUCCUCCUCGGCGGCCCUCCUCGCCAACCCGCACCCGCAUCCCUUGCUCUCGCCGUCGGCAGCUCUCCACCGCGCGAGCGCCGCCGCCGCCGCCACUUACCCGACGCCUUCGCUCAGCCCCCUCGGCGCUAGAUACCAUCCGUACGGGAAACCGCCGACGGGGCCUCUUCCAGCCUCGUUAGCCGCCUCGCCUUACAGCGCGUUCAACGCGCUGGGACCCUACUACUCCCCGUACGCGAUCUACGGGCAGAGGAUCGGUGCCGCCGUGCACCCUUGAAUCAUCGUGGAUGCGCGGCAAUCGUGUCGAACGUUUUCAGUGCGCGGCCCGUCGUUCGUGUAAACGUAGCGAAAACCAUCCGACCGACAGACGCGACCGCGUUCGUUCGCCAACCACCGCUGCCGCUGCUGCCGCCGCCGCCGCUGUUGUUGCUGUUGUGUAAAUAAUAAUUCAACGUGUAUUAUAGAAAUUUAUUUAAAGAGAUAUGUGCAUACAUAUACAUAUAUACGUGUGUGUGUGUCUGCGCGCGCGCGCCUGCGCGCGUGCGUGUGUAUAUGUAUAUGUAUAUAUAUGUGGCGCGUGCGCAUGCGUGUAUAAAUUCAAGAUUAUGGAAUUCGAGUUUCUAAGGAUAUCUCGCGUGACAGUUUUUUGACGGUUUCAUCGUGGAAAAUCAUCCUUGUUCGCGCAAAAAUCUGUAUCGACGUAUAUCUCCCGACGUUUUGAUCGUUACGUAGGAAAGGAACAUGUACGCCGGAUGAAACGAGUCGAAAACGGAGGAGGGACGCCUCUGUUCCUCACACGGCGCGUAUAGCGCGUACAUUUCGACGUGUCCCUCGCGACGAUUACGCCAGCGAAGGAAACACGUCGUCGAAAUUUUUCUUUCUUUUUUUUCUUUUUCUUCGUCUUCUUCUUCUUCUUCUUUUUCUACUUCCACUUCUACUUCUACUUCCACGCAACGCAGGUAACACGUUGAACGGGAAUCGUUUCGUCCGUUUCGUUUCUUAACCACGAGAGUCGUUGUUUCGCGAGAACAAUGGACACGAUGAAAAUUACGAUACUGCUAAUCAUCCCUGCUUUCUUCGACGAUAAAAACGCGUUCGAUGGUGCGUGUCUUGAAACGGUCGUGCAUGUUCUAAUGUCCACAAUAUAACUGUGAUAUUACGCUAUUUUUUCGAGAGAGGAAAAAAAAAAUUAAUAGGAGAUAAAAUAUCAACGAUCGUAUCUAACGCUGUAUCUAUAAAGUGUAUCGUCUAACUUAUUCGUAUCGUUUGUACAAGUGGAGAGACGAUGAGACGAUGGUCGAAAUGUGAUGGUCGAGCCGAAAACGAAACGUGUCAAAGUCGUUUCUUGGACUUUUUUCCUUUUUUUUUUUUUUCUCAACGCAAGUGGUAUAAAGGGUAUACAUACAUAUAAUAACGAAAUCUUUUCAAUUUAUCAGGGGAAAAUAGAAAUCGUGGGAUUUUGAUUCCUUUCUUUUUUUUUUUUCUCUUUUUUAUUCUAAAAAAAACUACUCUUCCGAUCGAAGAAGGAACGUGAAUGUACGAUAAAAAAAACGCAUUAUUUGCACUGUAAAUAUCUCUUGUAAAUAUCGUUGAGUUUCCAUACCGCUUUAAUAAAAAUAAUGUUUGUGAAAUCAUUAAA